AUGCCUCAUAUCAAAGGGCUCAAUGCUCAUGAACGGCCUCCUGAGGCCAUUCGGCAACGCUACAAGUCUUAUCAAAAGGCCACGCCUUCUGAGAUCAUUACUGAUGGGACAAUAAUUGACCUAAAGGCUCUGAAUCCUGACAAUCUUCCGGACAAUAUAUAUCUGUCGCAUUGGGUAUCGAGUCAUGACCUUCGCCCGGUUUUCCAACAGUUUGCCGGAGAACAUGAGGACUUUCUCCCUGAAACUAUACCCGUCUAUACACAUAAAUCCGUCUCUGGUUUGCAAAUGGUUCCUUCCAUAUUCCCUUCUGCCGUUCAAAUAGAAUUACUCUCUCGAUUGUUCCAUCGAGAUCUGUCAAACCCGGAGCAUCGGACCAACCUUCACCUGCACUACCACCUCACCUACCCUGGUCAAGCUGCAAGUCAAACCGACACGGCCGUUUCCGCACCUGAAGAUGGCUCCACAGUACCACAGACUGUAUCUUUCUUUGAAGAGGACUCGUCCAACGUCUUAUUUCCCAAAGAUCCGCAGGUCCAUAAGCCGAUUACGGUUGAGCAAAUGCUCACCAAGAAGCUGCGCUGGGUGACCCUUGGCGGUCAAUAUGACUGGACUGCUAAAGAAUAUCCUUCGGGGCCCCCGCCUGCAUUCCCUGCUGAUAUUGCCAAGCUGCUGCGCACAGCUUUCCCUCAAACAAAAGCAGAGGCAGCCAUCUUGAAUGUUUAUUCUCCUGGCGACACACUGAGCCCUCAUCGGGAUGUCAGUGAGGAGUGUGAUGUAGGCUUGAUCAGUAUCAGUUUUGGCUGCGAUGGCCUCUUUCUGAUCAGCCAUGAUGAUGGGACUGAUUGUGAGAUCAUCCGUCUUCGCUCGGGGGACGCAGUGUACAUGGAUGGCACCUCUCGCUUUGCAUGGCACGCAGUCCCGAAAAUUGUCCCUGGCACUUGCCCGGAUUGGUUGGCUGAUUGGCCAAGUAAAUCCGAGACACCUGAUAAGACAGCAUUUGGCAAGUGGAGGGGCUGGAUGGCCGGCAAGCGGGUAAAUCUGAACGUCCGACAAAUGUCUGCAACUGACUCUCAUGGGUGA